UUUGUGAAGCAAGAUGCUGCGACUACUGGUGCUCCUCGCCGCCAUCGUCGGCCUCGCGUCGGGCGUCGCGCUGCAGAGCCACUCGUUCCGGCCACCGUUUACCAAGGUCGACUACCAAGGCGUCCGGUUCAUCAACGACACGUGGACGACCGGCGGGACGGCCGAGGUCAUGAAGAGCUUUGUGCGCUUGACGCCGGACCGCCAGAACCGCAACGGCCACGUCUGGAGCCGCGACGCGCUAGGCCGCGACUCGUUCUCGGCUGUCAUGCAGUUCCGCAUCUCUGGCACGGGCAAAAAGUGGUUUGGUGAUGGCAUUGGCCUCUGGCUCACGACGUCGCCGUACGUCCGUGGCUCCAACCAUGGCAUCGACGCGGCCUUCAACGGCGUGGGCAUUGUCAUCGACACGUUUGUGAACCCGGAGCACAAGGGCGGCCACAAGGAUGUGACGAUCCAGAUCAACGAUGGCACCAAGACGCUUGCGACGCUCCAGGACGAGACCAAGAUCGGCUGCGACGGGGCGUUCCGGUACCACGAAGACAGCGACGAGUUUGACGCGGUCUACUCGGCGUCGCGCCUGCGCCUCACGAUCGAGCGCAACAACAUCAAGGUCGAGAUCGACCCGAAAUCCAAGGCCGAGUGGACCGCGUGCUACGAAGGCCAGCUGCCGUUGCCGGCCAACUGGCUCGAGACAGCGCGCGUCGGCCUCACGGGCUCGACGGGCGGCCUCGCCGACAACCACGACGUGCUGAGCUUCCUGUCGUUCUCGGAGCCGAACGACAUUGAGAUGCAGCUCACCGACAGCGACGUGUACUGGAACAACUACUCGAAGGAGCACAACAGCAUCCUCAACUCGGAGCACUGCGACCAGAGCUGCAAGCUCAUCAUCCUCGAGAAGGCGCUCGCGAACGUCAAGGUCGACAACGAACACACCAUGGUGUCGCUCACGGAGAAGACGCGCAACUCGCUCUCGAAGGUCGCGGCCCGCGAAGCUGUCAACCAGGGCAAGAUCGCCGAGCUCACAGAGCGCCUCGAGCAGUACCUCAACACCAAGCUCGACGCGUCGACGCGCGACGUGGCCGGCGACGUCGAGUCGGCGCUGCACGCCAAGGUCAACGAGAAGGUCGAGGCGUCCACGGGCUGGAAGCUGCCGUUCUUCAUCCUCUUUGCCGGUCUCCUCGGCGCCGGCUCAUUUGUCUACAAAAAGUACAACGAACUCCGCAAGUCGCAUCUGCUCUAAAUGCUACCGACCCUAACCCUCGUUCGUUUAUACAGACUUAGUGCUAUCUUGUGGAGGAUA